AUGACGACACAACGACGGGCGCAGAUGGUCGGCCUGACAGGCCGCCAGGUUGCGGGCGCGUUCGCCGCGCUCGGCCUCGCGAUCGGCAUCUUCUGGCCCGUCCCGAACCCCCACGCCGAAGCGAACCGGAGCGGAAUGGCGUGUCCACUCGGGUACGGAGGCGAGAAGCCGGCUGCGACGACGAAGACUACGGCGAGAGAUCCCCACGCCGCUUGGUUUCGCAGGUACGGCGGAGGCCUAAACGCCAGGGUUUACACGAACGCAUCGUUUUGGACAGGCGAUGCGGGCGUACCGUGGGUGCAGGCGAUCGCGGUGACCGAAGCCGGCCGCGUGUUGGCGAUUGGUAACCUUCCCACCGUCACCAAGGCGGCGGGGCCGGACGCCCCGGUUCACCAUCUCGGGGGCGAGAAUGGGGACUUCGUCGUCCCGGGUCUCUUUGACACGCACCUGCACCUCGUGUCGGGCGGGUUCAGGCUCGCGGAGCUGAAUCUCGCGGAUGUCAAGACCAGGGACGAGUUCGUAGCGCGCGUCGCCGCCGCGGCGAAAGGACUCGACGCGGACCAGUGGCUGGUGGGCGGCGGAUACGGUUCGGAGUUACACGAGGAUCCCACCGCGGAGUGGUUCGAUCACCCUUCAAUCCCAAAGACGCUCAAGGCGUGGCUGCUGAGGGCCGACGCGCACACCGGCGUCGCAUCGCGCGAGGCGCUGAGGGUGAGCGGAAUCGACGCAUCCACGCCUGAUCCGGUUGGCGGUUUGAUCGUCAGGGAACCGGCGGAUGGGAAAACGCCAAACGGGAUCCUCCGCGAUAACGCAAUCGGACUGGUCACCGCCGCGAGACCCGCGAAAUCGGAGAAUGAACGACGCGAGGCGUUCAAACGCGCGUUCGAUCACUUGCUCUCCGUGGGCGUCACGUCGGUUUGCGACUUUGGCGACGUAGAUCACCUCGCCGGGUCGCACGUGACCGGCGCCGCCGAGCGAGUUUGGAAAGAUUUGGACAUUUUACGCGCCAUGGACGACGCCGGCGAGCUCCCCAUACGCGUUUCGCACUAUCCUCCGUUAGCGGACUGGGAACGCGUCGCGGAGAUUGACUUCAGGGACCGAAUGUUCAGGGACGUCAAGAGCGACGACGCCAGGUACGAGACGUACGGCGACCGAACCAGGCUCAGGUUGGCCGGAGUCAAGGCGUUCCUGGACGGUUCUCUCGGCGCUCGAACCGCUUUGAUGCGCGAGCCCUACGAGGAUGACGGCGAUAAUAAAGGCGUGGCGGUGUGCGAUUUGGACGAGUUCAAAAAGCGUGCGGUGGCGGCUGACGCCGCGAAUCUUCAGGUUGCGGUGCACGCCAUAGGCGACGCGGCUGUCGACGUCGCGCUGGACGCGGCGGAAGCCAUGAAAGAUCUGAACGGGAACAGGGAUCGACGUUUCCGGAUCGAGCACGCCCAACACCUGGGCGCACCGAUCGAAUCGCAGCCUAAGCGCAUCGCGAUGGCUGGGGCUGUGUCGUCCGUCCAACCUGAGUUCAUGAGGCUGGACAGGAACCUCGCGGUUAAGCGGCUCGGUCGCGAUAGGGCGGCGAGAUCAUACGCUUUUAGGUCAUUACUCGCGAGCGGUGUUCCUCUGUCCGGGGGAAGCGACUGGCCCAUCGUCGAUGCAGAUCCCCUCGCCGCCAUGGACGUCGCGGUGAGCAGGAAUGUCGGCGGCGACGACUUCGAUGACUCUGCGGAUGGGGUGUGGGAGGCGUCCGAGAAGCUCACGCCGCAACAGGCGUUGACCAUGUACACCACAGGCGCGGCACACGUGGCUCUCAUGAGCGGUCAAGUCGGGACUUUAUGGCGAGGAGCACACGCCGACUUUACUGUGCUCGAUAGGAGCCCAGAAGACCUUGGUUCGACAAAGCCGCCAAAGGUUGUCUCAACGUUCGUCGCGGGUAAAUGCGCUUGGGGCCGAUGCAAGCGGGAUUAG